UGCUUCUCGUCACGUAUCUUCCACCUUCUUUCUUGGAAGUUGCCAAGAGACACCUUCUUGGAAGGAGCUCUCCAACAUAUGAGCAUGUGAAAUGGAGGAAGAAGUCGAGGUCGAGGUAGAGGCCAAAGUCAAAACAGAGGCAAUUCUCAAGUUCGCGGCAUAUCACAAGAGAGAGGAGAUCCAGCCAGAAACUAUGGAGAAAGCACGUGGAGAAGACGGUUACGUUCUUGAUCAGCAGCCCAUCCGCACGACAAGUUCCGGCGUCAUGAUGAAAGCCGCCGCCGUAUUCAAAUCCCCAUCUUCCUCGGAUGUUCUUAAGGUUCCUGUCCAGAUCCUGGCCGUUAAAACCCACAAGAUGGAGUGCCUGUACGAGCUGCUGGAAGCAUACAAAUUGGCCAAACGUUGUCCCCACAAGAAUCUCGUGGGCCUCCACGUGUCCUUCAAGAACCCUAGGGAUGACCGGCUAUGGAUCGUCAUGUCUGACGUGUCUAGGGUUUCCUUGAGGAGGAUGAUGACCAGCUUGCCGUCCCCUUUGCCGGAACCCAUGAGGGCUUCGAUUCUACGCCAAACCCUAGAGGCGCUGGACUGCAUCCACACCGCCGGCGACAGAGCCCACGGCGACGUUUGCGCCGGGCUGGUUUACUUGGACGGCAAGGAUUUCUCCAAGGUGAAGCUAGGUUUCCGGGAGCUCAUGUGCGAGGGGGUCACUAAGCCGCCGGCGGAGUGCUGGGUGGCGCCGGAGUUCGCCAAUGACCCGAAGAUGGCGCACGGGAAGGCGGCGGACGUAUGGAUGUACGGGCUCUUUAUAUUGGAGGUUCUCUCCGGCGGCCGGGUUCCGGUGUCUACCUACAAGGAAGUGAGGGAUUUGGUGAAGGGGAAGAAUAUUAGCGUUGACUUUUCUUCAAAAAAGUCAAACCCAUCGUCAUCCAUAGUCAAGAAAGUGUUUGGCUGCGGUUUCAACAAUUGCAAGAAGAUGGUGAAGAAGAAGGAGAUUCUAGAAUGUUCAGAUUCUCUUGCAGAUUUGAUUAGACAGUGCCUUCAUGAAGAUCCCAAGAGGAGGCCGAGUUGUAGGCAAUUGUUGGAGCAUCCAUAUUUCAAGCCGUCCUCCAACGUUGAAAGAGACUAUGCCAUUAAAGUCAACAAGGUUCUUGCCCUUCAUCUCAAGAAAUCAUGCGGCCAAAUGUUAUCAUGAUAUAUGUAUAGUACAGUAGUUGAUUAAUUACUUUAUCAUCUUGAUAUGAAAGCACAAGAAUUUGAUAGAGAUUUGUAUUAUAUAUGGAUCAAUUAAUAUUGUGUAUUGAUCGACAGAAGAUUGUCUUAUACCACGUACUCCGUAUUUCAUAUAGUUU